CGGAGCAUAGAGGAGGAGUUGAGGGGUCCCGUGGCCGCGUAGAACCUGCCUGGCAGGAGACCCCCAGAUGGUCAGUGCCCCAGAGACGGCCAAACCCUCCACCUCCCAGCCUCACGGCCGUCCCGCCCCAACAGCCCCAUGUCAGCCUCCCAGCUGGCAGCGCUGGAAGGAGCGGAGUCGGAGGCCGGGGGGCCGCCCUUGACCGAGGCCAGCCCCGGCUUCCUGUAUUCCGAGGGCCAGCGGCUGGCGCUCGAGGCCCUGCUGAGCAAGGGCGCGGCGGCGUUCGAGGCCUGCGUGCAGCGAGAGGGGCUGCGGCCCUUCCUGAGCGGGGAAGAGCUGCGGAGUCUGGCGGCGGCGGCCGAAGACUGGACAGCGUCCAAGCAGCGGCCCGACAGGGCGGCAGAGGGAGCCGCCGCCACCGAUGGGGACUCGGGCAGCCUGACCUACUGGCCUGGACGGUCGGAGGAGCUGGUGCCCACGCUGCGGCUGGGCUGGCCGGAGGACCCGGCCUGGAAGGGAAUCACCCGGGCGCAGCUGUUCACCCAGCCACCCGACGAGGGCCACCCGCCCCUCAAGGAGCUGGUGCGCCAGGAAAUCCAGGCCGCCCGCAAGCUAGUGGCCGUGGUCAUGGACAUCUUCACUGACCCAGACCUGCUCUCGGACCUGUUAGACGCCGCCACACGCCGCUGGGUGCCUGUCUACCUGCUCCUGGACCGCCAGCAGCUGCCUGCCUUCCUGACGCUGGCCCGGCAGCUGGGGGUGAACCCCUGGGCCACUGAGAACCUGGAUAUCCGGGUCGUGCGAGGCUGCAGUUUCCAGAGCCGCUGGCGACGGCAGGUGAGUGGCAACGUGCGUGAGAAAUUUGUGCUGCUGGACGGCGAGAGGGUCAUCUCCGGAUCCUACAGCUUCACGUGGAGCGACUCCCGCCUGCACCGAGGCCUGGUGACCCUGUUGACCGGCGAGAUUGCUGCCGCCUUCAGCCGAGAGUUCCGGACACUGUAUGCGGCCUCCUGGCCACUCCCGUCCGCGCCCACCUCGGGCCCCUUCGUCAGCAUCGUGGGGGGGCUGCAGCUGGCCCACAACCCCCACCGUGUGGCCCGCCGCCGCUCUGUGGCCCCCGUGUCACCGCCACCGCCCGAUGGCCCGCUGGCCCAACGCUUGGCUGCCUGCCGAGUCUUUGACGGGGACAGGCAGGAGACCCCGGCCGCCCCAGGGCCGGCGCUGAGCGACAUCCUGAGGAGUGUCCAGCGCGCGCGGACCCCCAGCAGCCCCCCCGCCCGGCCCAGCCACUCCCUGUGGGACCUGAGCCGCCUGUCCCAGCUGUCCGGCUCCAGCGACGGUGACAACGAGCUGCCAUCUGUUUUCUUUGUUUGCCCAUGGCCCCUCUCCUGCUCCCUGGAUCAGGACUCUGCUCUGUUCACCGCUGUGCCCCCAGUACCUGGUGUUGGCUUAGAUCAAGUUCAUCUCAUCCCAGAGGAUGGGGAGACCUCCCUGCAGCCACAUUCCAGCAGGACACGGGGACUGUUCCCGGACCAGGCGGGGUGACAGGCUCCGACUCCCUGGCUCCUAGCUGAUUACCAGCUUCCUAUUCCACAACCAAGCCUGCAUCAGCCCCACCAGAUGGCUCCUUUCCUGGCCACCGUCUCCUUCCCGACCACGGUCAGCCACCCGGGCGGUCCGCCCCGACAAACACCCCGGAUGCCAAGGCUCGCGUGUCAUCCCAUGUCGCUGCCGGGAGGGUCAGGCAGCUCUGCUCUGGGACAGACACCUGGACGCUGACCCACACGCCUCCUUCCGCCACUGACUUUAGCCUCGGUCCUUUUGCUGGGAUUCUCUGCGGCCGUGGGUGCAGCAGCUUGGCCGAGAUCUGGGUCUCCUCGCAGCAAAGCCGUGAGCCUGACCGGGCUGGGGUGGGGGGGUCCCGGGGGGCCUCCUCUGUCUACACUCGCUUCCUUGGUGAUGCGACCAGUCUCCUGCCUUUAAUGGCCCCGUCCACCUCUGUGUCGACCAGCCAAUUCCAGAGACGCGUGUCCUAUCGAAUCCUGAUUCGGUUGCCUCACUGCCCACUGGCAACCCUCCACCUGGACGUCCACGGGCCCCGACAGAGCUCCCGCCUUCCCCCGAGCCUCUCUCCCGGCCUCCCCAAGUCAGUUGACAUCAGCAUCAUCUUCCCGGUUGCUUAAACCAAACGCCCUAGAGUCACCCUUGACUCAUCUGGUUCACACCCACGCCCCAUCUGCCAACAAAUCCUACUGCUGGUUCCACCUUCAACAUACAACCCCAGCUCAGCCUCUUCUCUUCACCUCCGCGCGGGCCACCCCUUCCCACUCCGUGGGGCCCACCGUUGCCUCCCACCUGCGCCCUCUGCCCUCCUCGCCCACCCCUGCGGGCUGUUCGUGAAGUCAUCACCUUUGCCCACGAGGAGAUUUUUCUUCUCUAGUCUCUCGGCCUGCCACCCUUUAGAACGUGGGCUUGCGAGGCAGGCAUUGCUGCGCGUUUAUUUACUGCCGUUCCAGAUCAGGCACAUAGUAGGUGCUCCGUAAAUACCGUGCUGAAUUCACCCCUUGGUUAUGCGCUCCCCCACCCCCACACGCCUCCCUCCUCCUGCACCUUGGCCUUGGAGGUGAAGAAGGCUUUGGCAAAGAGCUGGAUGGGGAGGUGAGAACUCAUGAGGCGGGGUCUGGGCUGGUCCGAGAGGCUGAAGGCACCCAGGAUGGUCUCACACCAGGGCGCCCGCUUCCAGAUGGGCACCGAGAGGACCCAGGAUGGGUCCCCGUCCUUUAGGAUUAAGCUGAGGAUCUCAAUCAUCCAGUUGGUCCCUGUCAGGAGAAAUUGGGCCAAUCAAUCAAA